AUGGAAUUGCAUUCUAGGAACACAUCGCUUAGGCAUUUGCCAAAAAGACCUCCUAUUGAUAUUGAAUUUCACGAUGUCAGUUACACUGUGCCCCAAGGAAGAAAAGAUUCAGAGACCGAAGAAAUUGAGGAAUCGAAAUUAAACAGAAAAGGUUUAAAUAAAGUAAAGGUUAUUAGUGAUAUAACUUUGAGAGCUGCAAAUUUUGUUCUUGAAGAAUCUGAUUCCAAAGGCGAAAAAGAAGGUAAGGAAGACUCCCUUUUAUUCAAGAAAUCUUGGUAG